CAGUAACCGUAUCCGGCAACAUCAUGAUCCUACGAAUUUUAAUUAGGCCGUUCGUCGCAUUAAAGUACACGACUUCUUCCCAGUCCCACGCUUACUCCGGCUGAACCCCGUCUCCCCAGAAACAGGAUCAUGUCCUCCCAAGAAUCAAAUCCCACGGAAGUGAAUCUCGAAAUCUCCUACACCCGUCUCUCCCCCUCACUCCGCCCUAACGACAAUGAUCCCUCCCAUGCGCCCAUCGUCUUCCUCCACGGCAUUUCAACCUGCAACAAAGAAUUCUCCCGCGUCACCCCCUUCCUCGCCAAGGACUAUGAUCUUAUCCUCGUUGAUCUACCCGGGCACUCAGGCUCCAAAAACAUCCUCCCUUUCACCAUGGACAAUGCCAUCAGCGCGCUCUCCCAUCUCAUCUCGACCAAAAUCGCAGGCGGCAGGGCGCACAUUGUCGGCAUGUCGCUGGGCGGCUGCGUAGGCCUGGAGUUUGCGCGCCGACGCCCCGAGCUGGUGCUCAGCCUGUUCUGCACCGGGUGCGCGCCGUUAAGCGGGUACAGGAAAUGGUUCAUCUCGCGGCCGCGCCUGAUGGGCGGGAUCGAGAUCGCGGCGGGCAAGCUCGCGACCGAGGCGCUGUUCUGGUCCUUUAUUGGCGUGGAACCGCUUCCGGGCCUCAGGGAGGAGAUGCGGAGGAACCAUUCCAUGGAGAUGCUGGCGGCGGGGUACGGUGCGUGUACUGCGUUGACCCGGGCACGCGUCGCUGAGAUACGGGGCGUGAGGGUUGCUAUCGUGGCGGGUGGGAAGCGUGAUAAUGUUGAGGAGACGAGGGAAGCUGGGAAGGUGCUCGCUAACACGAAACUUCCAGAACUGUUCGCCCAAGGCGUGAGAGCCUGGGUCGAAGGAGGGAAAAUGCCGAAGGAGUUCGAAGAGCUGAAAUAACUAGUGAGAGCCUGAAAGAUGGGGAAAGGAGAAUAUGUUAAAGGUGUUGCCUUUUCUUGCUACUUGAGUACUUUUCCGUGCUGGGGGAAGUAAUGCUAGGGGAUCAGUGCGGUUCGGUCGGUGGAAGUAUC